GCGUCAAGCAUGGCAGGUGUGACAACGGUAUCAAACUGUUCAUUAUCCAAACUCCAGUCUUUGCAUGGUAUAUUUGCUAUUUAUAAGAAACAGGGGCCCACCUCGGCAGAUGUGCUAAACGCGCUGAAGAUGGCGCUUUUAAAAGAGGCUGGUGUUGCAAAUCCAAACCCUCGUAAACGGAAGAAACAAGCUCUGAAGAUUGGCCAUGGAGGUACACUGGACAGCAAUGCAUCUGGAGUACUUGUGGUCGGUAUUGGUGAUGGAACAAAGAUGCUUACCACAAUGCUGGCAGGAUCAAAAAAAUACACAGCUGUUGCAGAGUUAGGCAAAGCAACCGAUUCUCUUGACGUCACAGGAAAUGUUGUCGAAGAGAAGAAUUUUGAUCACAUCACAAAAGAAACUUUGGAGGAGAAGUUGAAGGAUUAUACUGGUGAAAUUAUGCAGGUUCCACCUCUAUACUCGGCGCUGAAAAAGGAUGGCAAGCGCAUGUCUGUCCUGCUGAAGCAGGGUCAGGAGGUCGAGGCUAAACCUGCACGUCCAGUGACAGUCUACAGCCUCUCCUUACAAGACUUCAGCCCGCCACUAUUCACAUUAGAUGUGGAGUGUGGAGGUGGGUUUUAUGUCAGAAGUCUGAUCGAUGAUCUUGGAAAAGCGCUAUCAUCUUGUGCUCACAUAAAGGAACUGACCCGGACCAAGCAGGGUCAGUUCACCUUAGAGGAACAUGCAUUGCGGGAGGAUCGCUGGAUGUUGGCACAUGUCUCUCAGGCUUUGCAGCCUUGCCCAGAGCCACCAGAGAAACAGACGAAUGCAAAGAAAGCAAAACCAAAAGAUAAACACACCCCAUCUAAAUCUAAGGGUGAUGAUGAAAAGCAAAGCAGCGAAUAGGCAUGCUAAAGGUCCCUGUGUGACAAACUAUUCUCAUGUAGAGAAUUGUAGGAAACUGACUGGUCCACUCUGAUUUGAUCUGGCUUUCCUUACUACUGCCGUGCAUCUUUCUGUAUAACCAUAUACGGGACUUGUGAGGAUAGGAAAGCUGGUGACAUUUUUUUGAAAUUGGUGGAUUUUGUGCAGUGUAUAUUAGAGAAGUUUUAGUGAUUGGGAUCAAAGCCACUGAAGUAUCUUAAAGAUUUCACAUUAUUGUUUCGAUACAGUAACAAUUUGGUUGUAGUCCCCAUAGUGCCAAGGGAAAUAAAUAAUUAUAUUUUUUCUUUAAACAGAUUAUGGCUAAAUUGCACUGUUAUUUUGGUGACAAAACACCAGUUGGUACUGUUAUGUAAAUAUUUAAUUUUAUGAACUCAAAUAUAAUGUUAGUUUUUUUUUAUUAUAAUAUACUUAUAAAAACAGCAAUUUUGGUUCACUAAUAAAUAUAUCUUGCAAUCUG